AACCUGCGUCAGUCCCUCACCGCGCCACUGCAUGGCGCGCUCACGCAGUGUGAAUGGGCAUGCUCAAUAGAAACUAAGCUGCUGUGUCUGUCUGUAUUUACUGGCCGCAUCAGCAUCUAACGGGAAUAACCGUCAGCUGGGAUCAGAUAGAUUUGAACCCGCACAGACAGACACUGUUUCCUCCAUCUUCACCAAACUCCACCUAAACCACAUCGUCUGAAUACAAAGCGUUUCUUUGGUUUCCAGUCUGAAGAGAAUCAGCAAACAUGUUCUACACCUGUGGUCCCAACGAGGCGAUGGUGGUGUCAGGGUUCUGCCGUUCUCCUCCGCUGAUGAUAGCUGGAGGCCGAGUCUUCAUCAUCCCGUGCAUUCAGAAGAUACAGAGGAUUUCCUUGAACACUCUGACUCUGAAUGUGAAGAGCGACAAAGUCUACACUCGUCACGGGGUGCCCAUCUCCGUGACCGGGAUUGCCCAGAUGAAGAUCCAGGGUCAGAACAAACAGAUGCUGGCUGCAGCCUGCCAAAUGUUCAUGGGGAAGUCAGAGCCCGAGAUCGCUCAGAUCGCCUUGGAGACUCUGGAGGGACACCAGCGAGCCAUCAUCGCCCACCUCACUGUUGAGGAGAUCUACAAGGACCGAAAGAAGUUCUCCGAGGAGGUUUUUAAGGUGGCUUCCUCUGACCUGGUGAACAUGGGCAUCAGCGUGGUCAGCUACACACUCAAAGAUGUUCACGACGACCAGGAUUAUCUGCAUUCACUGGGGAAGGCUCGAACAGCCCAGGUUCAGAAAGACGCUCGCAUUGGAGAGGCCAAGAACAAGAGAGAUGCCGUGAUCAGGGAGGCCCACGCGAUGCAGGAGAAAGUGUCGGCUCAGUAUAAGAAUGAGAUCGACAUGGCAAAGGCCCAGAGGGACUACGAGCUGAAGAAGGCAGCCUAUGACAUCGAGGUCAACACUAAGAAGGCCGAAUCAGAGAUGGCCUACCAGCUGCAGGUUGCAAAGACAAAGCAACGUAUUGAGGAGGAGAAGAUGCAGGUCCAGGUGGUCGAGCGGACGCAGCAGAUCAUGCUGCAGGAGCAGGAGAUCACUCGCAGGGAGAAGGAGCUGGAAGCUAAGGUGAAGAAACCUGCAGACGCUGAGCGGUACCGCCUGGAGAAACUGGCUGAGGCUCAGCGUCUUAAGCUGAUCAUGGAGGCAGAGGCUGAAGCCGAGUCCAUCAGGAUUAAAGGUGAGGCUGAGGCUUUUGCCGUGGAGGCCAAGGGUCGCGCUGAGGCAGAGCAGAUGUCAAAGAAGGCAGAGGCCUUCCAGCAGUACAAGGAUGGAGCCAUGGUGGACAUGCUGCUGGAGAAACUGCCUCUGAUGGCAGAAGAGAUCAGCAAGCCUCUGUGUGAAGCCAGAAAGAUUACCAUGGUGUCCAGUGGAAAUGGGGAGGUGGGUGCAGCCAAACUGUCGGGAGAGGUGUUGGACAUCAUGACCCGCCUCCCCGAGGCGGUGGAGAAGCUGACCGGAGUCACCAUCUCCCAGGUGACCUCUCGUACAGGCUGAAGAGGAUCAGUGAAUUCAGUGACCGGUGGCAGAUUCAAUCAUCCGCUGUCUUAUCAGCUGCCUGGACUCUUUGCAUGAGUGUGCUAACUUCUUUCCUCUACUCCCGUCUCUGUCUAACAUCAUGUGUAAAGCUGUUUCCCCAUGUAGCUCUAUCCACAUGUUGCCGUGAUGUCUCUGUGUUGGGAAAUAGGUUGUUUUUGGUCACUAACACCCAGCUCCAUCUGAGCUAAAGUAUUGUUCUCUGGCUACAGUUACAGUUAUUUCCAGUUAUUUGUUUUUAUUUGGUCCAUAUGUCAAAAUAUGUCAAACACUGUGUUACAUUCAGCAUAAACUUGAAAUGUUCAAAUUACAAUCCUCCCACAUUUUCUAUUCUCAUAAUUUGGGCCUGUGAUUUGAUUUACAUUGGCUCUGCAACAUCAGUAACAGUAGCCAUCCUGUACUUUUUAGUUAUUGACCCUACAGUAUGUCACAUUCUCUGUGUUUGUGUCAAAUGAGUGUUUCCACACUCCACACUGGCUGUGUUUACCUUCAGUGUCCCCCCAAUAACUGCCUGUACACUGUCUUGCUGCCAAACCUUAAGUGCAUCUUAAUAUAAAAGUUUAAUACAAACAUACAUUCAACAGCUUCGUUUACUAAUGCUACAUACAUUACAUACAUACAUUACAUAGUCCAAUACUAGGUCACAACUUCAGCCUGUGGUUUUGGCCAUCACUUUAAAAUGGGUCAUGGAUGGUUACAAACUAACAAGUAAUUCAAAUUGUGAUACAAAGUGUAAAUCUGAAUGGCAUUUCAGUAUAUUUUCUAAGUCUAUCAUUGUUUUCUUUGUGUAUUGUCCAUCCACUGAUGUCUUCUUGUCUUGAUAUCAAUAUUGUGUUAAUAUUUUGAGGAUUUUAGGAAGCUAUUUUUAAGAACCAUUUGCUUAAGACAAACCAGUAUAAUAUCGCACCAUACAUUAGGAACCUGUACAGUAACCCCACAUCACACCUCUCUCUGUGACUUUAUGCAAAACAUCAACAUAUGUGAUGCAUGUUCAUUAACUUUUGACUUCAGGUUCUACACUAAGCACUUCUGUGAUUGAUAUUUUUCUAUUUAUCAUCAGUGCACUACAGCGGUCGCUUUAAACCUCACAGCCCCUUCUAUCGGACGCUUAUUUGCUGUUAACUUCUCUGUCAUGAUGAUGUUUUGUUGAAGGUUCAUGGUCGAGCGAAAUAGAAAUUUCGAAUGCAUCAAGAGCCGUUUGUUUUUGUUGAAUCUGAUGCUGUGAUGACCAGCGUAGGUUAAUUCUCCUCACUCAGUGGGGUCACAGAUCGGGGUCAGCUGCAGAACUGAUCCAGAACUUCUAUCAUUUCCUAAGAACGCUUAAACAAAACAGAUUUAGACCAUAACAGAAAAGUCAUUUGGGUGUCUUUCCUUUGAGAUGUUGCCACCCUGCAGCCCAGUAUUACAUAUAUUGUCCUCGAUGUAUACUUUAAGUAAAGUGCUGUCCUUUGUCUUACUAUGGCCAGUUAUGUAGCAGCUCUCAUAAAGGUGUAGCUUGUGAAACUAAAGGUAAACGUGGUGUAAAAGUAUAGCUUUAGUCUUCUAUUGUAGCAGUGGGAAUACCACAGUGUAAUUUGGAGAUAACUGAACUGAAAUGCUGAAAUGUGUACCGUUAUUGUUUGUAAUGGGAGCCUAACGUGAAGCGAGAUGGACGAGGUGCUAAACACUCAGAUUAGUAGCUGUAAGUGAUGUCAGCUUGUACUUCAGGGAAAGGGACGUUUAAGAUUUGACAUUUAGUUAAUACCAAACAAUCCAAAAGAAAUCUUGUACAUUGUAAUGUCACUUCUCACUGAGUCAAUGCUUGUCACCCAGAAUGAUGCUAGUGAAGUUUUAGGAGCGUAUUCAAACCUGCCUUAUAGUCUAACCCAUCACACUGUCACCCUCUACCUCACCAUAACCUCUGCAUCUGGGUAUUGAAAACAUGUUUUAUGUUGGUAUCUACAUAUGUUUUAAGACAUCAAACACUACUUAAAGAUUUAAGAAUAUUACAAUCACUAACCACAACAUUUAACCAAGAGUAGCUCUUUCUGUUUUCUUCGUGAUGGCUUAAAUGGCUCACUGUUUGUCUGUGAAUGUGUCUCUGCACUGCUGCUUACUGUACAGCCAAAGGUUUAGAGAUGAUCUAUCACAGUUACAGAAAGGAAAUGUGUCUUUGCUCCUCUGUGAUGGUUUUAAGUGUAAUGAUAAGUGGCACUACAUAUGGAUAUGGAUGUAUUUAUGCAGUAUAUAUUUGAUACAGUAGCACUGUUCACUUCACAAGUCACCAUUAACACCUCCACUAACUCUUACUAACUGCAGCCGCAGUGUUUUAUUGUAAGCGUAUUUAAGCUCUCGUCAGUUUUCUGUGUUAUUUAAACUUCUGCUGUAGUUUGCUGGUAAAGUUCUGCCAAAAUGAAAGACACCACUUUGUUACGUUUUAAUUAGUGUCUGCGCACUUCAGGAAAUUUGUCUUUUAGGAAAAUGUUAUUCUAGAAAUCUAUACACAAUAAACUUAUUACAUUGCAAAAGGAAACCACUUAUGUCUUUUUGAUUUGACUGAUUUUGAAACCAGAAUAAUUGUAUCCUAUAUUAUACCGCUGUGUGUUAAUUAUGUAUCUUUCUUUGCUUUGUGCUUUGUGCUUUAUUUCUGU